AUGUCGCUGGAGGCGCUACUAAACAAGGAGGAGAAGGGGUCGGGGGCGGCGCGCGAGGCGUUCAUGCGGCGGAUGAACGAGCGGUUCAACAGCGUGUGCCACAAGGACGCGCGCGAGCAGCAGUACCAGGACUGGAAGUACUUGAGCUACCAGGAGUUCGAGCUGGUGAACGAGUGGAGCGCGGCGAGCCGGGAGCUGACGGUGAACCAGUGCGGGCAGCUGCUGUCGAACGUGAAGAGCGCGCAGGCGGAGUGGCUGGCGUACGAGGAGUUCGUGGCGGGGCGUGCGCGGCUGGUGGCGGAGGUGGAGGCGAAGCGCGAGCGGGAGCAGGAGGAGCAGGAGGAGCGGCAGCCGGCGCGGGCGAAGACGAAGGAGCGGGCGCGGGCGCGGGGCACGGCGAAGCGGGCCGUGGGCCGCAAGGCGACGAAGGCGCCGGCAGCGCCCGCGGAGCAGGAGGGGGGCGUGCCGGCGGCGCGGGCGGCGGCGAAGGCGCCGGUGCGCGCGGAGGGCGCGGCGGAGCCGCCAUUGAAGCGCGAGCUGAGCGGCGCGAAGCUGGAGGACGAGGGCGAGGGCGAGGAUGACGACGAGGAGGAGGAUGAGGACGACGAGGACGACGAGGACGAGGACGAGGACGAGGACGAGGAGGAGGAGGAGGAGGAGGAGCUCGAGGAGCUCGAAGAUAUCCAGCUUCUGGACGAUGACAACGACAAGGACUUCUCGCCCGAAGGCGGUCGCUCGAAGUCCUCGAUUAAGCUGAAUACGAAGCUGGACAUAAACUCCGACAUCGCCUUGAUCCAGCGGGAGCUGCUUAAGAUGGCGCAGAAGCAUAAGAGUGCCAAGGCGAAAAAGAGGAAGUUCACCAGCUGCGUCGUCCAGCGCUACGACUCGGACCACACACGGCUAGAAGUAAAGGUGACCUUGAAGCAGCUCCACAUCAAGCGCCUUAAGCGCUUGCUCAAUGAGGCCAAGCGGAAGCGUGCUGCCGAGGAAGCGCUCGCAGCGAAUGAGCAGCAGGGUAACCUGGCCAAGCGUCGCAAGACCGCGCAGAAACAGAAGCCCGCGGCGAACGGUGCGCCUGCUGCUUCAUCUUCAGAAGACGUGACCGUGACAGAGGCUGCCACGCCGGUACCCGCGAAAGUCAACGGAGAGGCACCUUCGAACGAGUCUCCAGUAGCUGCUAUUCCGGAUAUUAACCCCACCACUGGUUUGCCGACGUACGGGAUGAAAAUGACGGCGAAGGAGGCCAGAGCUAUCCAGAGACACUAUGAUACUACAUACAUUACGGUAUGGAAGGAUAUGGCACGCAAGGAUUCCGCAAAGCUUUCUCGGUUGGUGCAACAGAUACAGUCGAUCCGCUCCGCCAAUUUCAAGAAAACAUCAUCUCUUGUUGCUCGGGAGGCCAGAAAAUGGCAAAGUAGAAAUUUCAGGCAAGUGAAGGAUUUCCAGACGCGGGCGCGCAGAGGUGUCCGGGAAAUGAGCAGCUUCUGGAAGAAGAACGAGCGCGAAGAAAGAGAGUUGAAGAAGCGAGCCGAAAGGGAAGCCAUCGAGCAGGCGAAGAAAGAAGAGGAGGAAAGAGAGUCAAAGAGACAGGCUAGAAAGCUAAACUUUUUGUUGACGCAAACCGAACUAUAUUCGCACUUUAUUGGCAGCAAAAUCAAGACCAAUGAGCUAGAAGGCAAUAUGGCAGAUUCGAAUCUGGCCACCGCUCCGGAUGUCAGUGCAAUUGACUUAAGUAAACCCCCAACCAGAAAGAACGAAGUGCAUACAAUAGAUUUUGACAACGAGGAUGACGAGGAGCUACAUCGCAAAGCCGCUCAAAAUGCAUCUAAUGCUUUGAAGGAAACACGAGAGAAAGCAAAGGCCUUUGAUGGUAUGUCUGGAGACGAUGAGGAGCUAAACUUCCAGAAUCCGACAUCUUUGGGUGAAAUCACCAUCGAGCAGCCAAAGAUUCUCGCAUGCACCCUAAAGGAGUACCAAUUGAAGGGUUUGAACUGGUUGGCAAACUUAUAUGACCAGGGCAUCAAUGGCAUCCUAGCAGAUGAAAUGGGUUUGGGUAAGACAGUCCAGUCCAUCUCAGUGCUAGCCCAUUUAGCUGAGCGCUAUAAUAUUUGGGGGCCAUUUAUUGUUGUGACACCUGCGUCUACCCUACAUAAUUGGGUGAACGAGAUUCAGAAAUUUGUUCCGGAUUUCAAGAUCCUACCAUACUGGGGCAACGGUAAUGAUCGAAAGAUAUUGAGACGUUUUUGGGAUCGGAAGCACUUGAGAUAUAGUAAGGAUGCGCCAUUCCACGUUAUGAUUACUUCUUACCAAAUGAUUGUAUCCGAUGCUGCAUAUCUUCAGAAAAUGAAAUGGCAAUAUAUGAUUUUGGAUGAAGCCCAAGCAAUCAAAUCCUCGCAGUCCUCUAGGUGGAAGAACUUGUUAAGCUUCCACUGUCGUAACAGGCUUCUACUAACCGGUACCCCGAUUCAAAAUAGCAUGCAGGAGCUAUGGGCCUUGUUGCAUUUUAUUAUGCCCUCCCUCUUCGAUUCUCACGAUGAAUUUAACGACUGGUUUUCGAAAGAUAUCGAGUCUCAUGCUCAGUCAAACACUCAAUUGAAUCAGCAACAACUACGCAGGCUACAUAUGAUAUUGAAGCCAUUUAUGUUGCGUCGGAUUAAGAAGAAUGUCCAAUCUGAGUUAGGCGAUAAGAUCGAGAUUGAUGUCAUGUGUGAUCUAACUCAUAGACAAGCAAAGCUUUACCAAGUUUUGAAAUCUCAGGUGUCUGCUUCUUAUGAUGCCAUCGAAAACGCUGCUAGUAACAGCAGUGGUGAUGACUCUGGAAAUAUGUCGUUGUCUGACUCAAAGAUAAUGAACACAGUAAUGGAAUUCAGAAAAGUCUGUAAUCACCCUGAUCUUUUUGAGCGUGCCGAUGUGUCAUCCCCCUUUUCCUUUACGUCCUUUGGCCAAACAGGUUCCAUAAUGCGGGAGGGAGAUGUAAUUGAUGUUCAGUAUUCUUCAAAAAACCCGGUAUCCUUCCACUUGCCCAGGUUGAUAUAUGAUGAUUUGAUUCUUCCGAACUACAAUCACGACAGUGACAUGAGGACCAAGAUCUUGAAUCAUAUGAUGAGUAUAUUUGCUCCUGCGAAUUCACCAGAUUUAUGUGCCACACUUUCAAAGGUAGCUGGUGUGGAGCCCAAUAGCAUUUUACGGCUAUCGCAAGAGCAUAUUGUAAAGCGAGCCAUCGAUCUAUCUGCGCACUCUCCGAAUGUAACUCGAAGUGGUAUUUUUUCUGUUGUCUAUGAGGAUGACAAGAGUUCUCUUUCUUCUCUAGAUAAGACCUUACUCAUCAAUGAUAAAAGUGACUACUUGCACACUAUUGCGCGGACUACGCAAAAUGGUGUGUUAGCCUCGUUAUUGAAUAUCCAGGGAAACUUUUAUGAAAAUGAAUAUAUGAACGUUUUGCGCCCGGCUUACCGCCCUGCCGCCGCAGCUCCACCAAUUAGUAUUCAUGUCAUGGGCUCUAGCAACUUUUCAAUCAAGAGAGAUAAUGCAUUGUUUGAGCCAUAUAUUACGAGGAGUCUCGGCAUAAUACCGCCUGAACUACAGACAAGAUUAACGGAGAAAGAAAACAAUAUUUUUACCGCAUUGCCUAUUUCAGAGUUGUACCCAGCACCUUUGAAUAAGAGUUUCUCAUCCUACAUUUCUAUGCCUUCGAUGGAUAGGUUCAUUACAGAAUCUGCCAAACUAAAGAAGUUAGAUGAACUUCUAGUUCGCUUGAAAGCGGGAGAGCAUCGUGUUUUGAUAUAUUUCCAGAUGACAAGAAUGAUGGAUUUGAUCGAAGAAUAUUUGACCUACAGACAAUACAAACAUAUCAGAUUAGAUGGUUCUUCGAAACUAGAAGAUCGCCGUGAUUUAGUUCACGAUUGGCAAACUAAAUCCGAUAUUUUUAUUUUCUUACUAUCGACAAGGGCUGGUGGCUUAGGUAUUAAUCUUACAUCUGCUGACACAGUUAUCUUCUAUGAUUCUGAUUGGAAUCCUACCAUAGAUUCUCAAGCCAUGGAUAGAGCUCAUAGAUUGGGUCAAACAAAACAAGUUACUGUUUAUAGAUUGUUGAUCAAGGGCACCAUUGAAGAGAGAAUGAGGGAUCGUGCAAAACAGAAAGAACAUGUUCAGCAGGUUGUCAUGGAGGGUAAAACCAAAGAGAACAACGUGCAGACUAUUACAGCAAAUGGUAAAACUCUUGAAAACCUGCCUCUGCCACUUUAA